AUGCAGCCUCUUCAAAUUUUCCUGCUAAUCCUCCUUCCUCUCACAACAUUCCAACUAGAAUGUUUCACCUGUGGGGUCUUUCUCUCGGCUCCAGACCCAAUGUGCCGGGGAGAGAUUCGCAACAAUUCGUGUGCUCCUGAGAAUUUGGGAUGUCUUUCGAUAAUUGGACACAAAUCUAAUCGCCGCCAAACAAUGUCUCUGUCAGGAAAACUUGUGCAACUCUAG